GCUUCAGCACUGAUGUCAGUCCAGAGGAGGAGGGGCGUAAAUUAAGGGGCCUAUCAGCCGAGCCACACAUAAAUAACUGUAGACAAACACACUGCUACUCUGGCGACAGAUAUGGGUCAUAUAUUAGAGACAUACCACCGCUAGAAACAGCAGCAGCUGGUUAGAUAUUCAACCUACUGAGCGAACUUUAUUACACCCUGCAGCUCAUACUCCUCAAAACAACAGACAACAGCCCCGGGCGGAGCUCAAAACAACGGAGGACAGAUAACUACCCAUCCGAGCAUAGCCGAGCUGAGGAGGAUAAUGAGGAUGAUGAAGAUGGACGGUUAGACGAUACAAACUCGCCCGUUUUUACUGUUUAAUAAGCCGUUGAAUCAUCUCCUGCCUGGACCUGACCUGGAUCUCCUGCAUGUCUUGAUUCAUUGAGCACCACGACCAUGGAGAAAAAGGAGAAGAGGCCAGGCUAUUUUGCCAGGCUAAAAAAGAGAAGGCAGCUGAAACCAAGCCAAUCAGAGAACGCUAUGCCUGAGGAAAACCAUUCAGAUUCAGACUCAAAGGGACCAAUCGUCUGUGCCCCCAACCCCACGGAACCACCGCAGGAGAAAAACAUAGAAGUGGAAAAGCCCAGCAGAACUGAAAGAACUUUAAGUGAAGGAUCAGAAACCAACUGCAAAUCCGAUGGCCAGGCCAAGAAGGAGAAGAGAAAACCUCCAGGCACUGUAGAGUACACAGUGGGUCCCAAUGACACCUUAAAUGGUAUUGCGCUGAAGUUCAACAUCACUCCAAAUAAACUUGUGCAGCUAAACUGCCUCUUCUCUCGCAUGGUGGUUCCUGGACAGAAGCUCUUUGUUCCUAAUGUGGGCCUGUCAGAAAAUGGUUCUCAAGUCAACACUUCUGAUUCGGUCAACACUAUACUGCUACAGAAAGAGUUACAGGAUAUCAAAUCGAGCAGCAGAUCAGGGGCACUCCGGCACCGUGAACUCUCUCCGCCUUCUGAGGACGAGAGUCCUGCUACGGUUAAAUUCCUAAAGAUGAGCUGCAAGUACUUCACUGAUGGCAUGGGCGUAGUGGGUGGUGUUAUGAUUGUGACGCCAAACAACAUCAUGUUUGACCCCCACAAGUCAGAUCCUCUGGUGAUUGAGCAUGGCUGUGAGGAGUACGGGCUCAUUUGCCCCAUGGAAGAGGUGCUCUCUGUGGCUCUGUAUGAUGACGUGUCCCGUAUGAAGCUCAAAGAUGCACUGCCAUCAGACAUGCCUCAGGAUCUGUGUCCAUUAUACAGGCCGGGUGAGUGGGUAGAGCUUCCAUCUGAACAAGACCUGAAUCCAUUCAGCCGCUACGAGGCUCUUGGCCAACCUAACCGUCCAAUCAUAUUAGAUGACAUUGAGACGGAAGGUUUGGAGACAGCCGAGUGCCAUCCAGCUGACAAGUCACCAUCAGAUGAAGGAUUUACUGAACUGGAGCUACUGCAGAAUGAAUCUGGGACAGAUAAUGGAAAUGCACAGACCAGUCAAAAUGGCUCUGAGACUGUUAACAGUGCUUGCCUCAACCUGGAUGAGGCAUUGUCGCAGAAGGUGAGUGACACAGAAAAGACAAUUAUGACCGUAUUCCCCCCCUCAGGCCAAACAGUAAAUGCAGUGAGGUUAUGUGACAAAACCAAAGAAGAUGAGGAGGAUGAAGGACUUCAUAAUCAUUCCACUGAUGAAAACCAGGAGAUAUUGGAGGAAAAUAAACCCAGCAUGUUACUAACUGCACCAGAAUCUGAUGAAAAUGGACACAGGCUUACUGCUACAAGUGAACUGAGAAACAGUGCUAAAAGUGAGUGUCCGAUUCCUGGUCAUGAGUUAUUUCAGGUGGACGCAUCAGCUGAGGGAAAUGUCAGAAAGGGCAGUGUCCGUGGGGAGGAUUGUUGCGGGCCGAGUCUCAGGGAAGGCAGAGAGACAAUCAAGGGGCCAAAUUCAGAGGAACAGCUGACUGAGAGAGACCGGGAGAGACAGAUUAAUGAAGCAGAGAUGAAGUCCUGGCUUCUGAAAAGGAUACAGGCACCAAUUGAAGAUAUGCUACUUUCCACUGAGGAAAAGAGCAAAAAUCCUCCUAUGUUUCUCUGCUUCCGAGUGGGGAAACCCAUGCAGAAAUCAUUUGCUCUUGGUCGGACCUCGAGUCCUGCCCAUUCAUUCGGAGGCAGGGGAAAGCAUUCUGAGUACUGGUUUGCAGUACCGCAGGAAAGGGUGGACCACCUGUACUCAUUUUUCAUUCAGUGGUCUCCUGAUGUGUAUGGAAAAGAUGCACAAGAACAGGGAUUUGUGGUCGUAGAGAAAGAUGAACUCAAUAUGAUUGAUAAUUUCUUCAGUGACCCAGUCCCACGAAACUGGGAGAUUAUCACCAUAAAUGAAGCAAAGAGAAGGCAGAGCUUUGGCAGCUUUGAGGAUGAGGAGUCACUGGACCUUCUUCCUAUCCUGAUUGAUCCCAGCACACUGCUCGAGGACACACACAUUGAGAAGCUGGCUGCUCGGCUGCCGGCCAGGGUUCAGGGCUAUCCGUGGCGAUUGGCCUACAGCACAGUGGUGCAUGGAACCAGUCUGAAGACUCUAUACAGGAAUUUGGGUGAGGUGGACUGUCCAGUGCUGCUAGUCAUCAAGGACAUGGACAACCAGGUUUUUGGAACAUUUUCCACUCACCCUUUUAGAGUUAGUGAACACUAUUAUGGCACAGGGGAGACCUUCCUCUACACCUUUAGCCCUGAAAUUAAGGUCUUCCGCUGGACUGGUGAGAACUCUUACUUUGUAAAGGGAAACUUGGACUCUUUGCAGUUCGGAGGUGGCGGGGGUCACCUCGCCCUGUGGCUAGAUGCUGACUUGAAUCAUGGCACCACCUCAAAAUGCUCAACUUUCAACAACCAACCACUGUCAUCACAGCAGGACUUUACAGUUCGAAUCCUGGAGGUCUGGGCCUUUGAAUGAGCUCUUCCACAUAUGUACACAUGAAAAUACUGUGAGAAUUAUAUACUCACUCUCAGCAUAUAGUAUAGCAGUUGUGAAGCGAGCUUUAUGUAACCCUGUUCUCUGGAUAAAGGUGAUUGUAUGGAUUUGCAAUGUUCCAGGUGGUAUUCACUAAAGUGCACUGGUUUGACCGCUGCUAAUUCUACAUUUUUACCAGGCAGUGAUCAGAUGGUUAUUUUAAUGUGGGUUAAACCAGACAGUACUUGAGUGCUUUGUAUGUUUGAUGGCUUGUUGGUUUGAGCUUGAUUAAACGUGGUGGAAUGCAAGAAAGACAUCCAUGCAAACUGCCUUAGUGUUGCAUGCCACCAACCCCAGCAUGCGAUAUCAUACACAAAUGCUCUGCAGAAAUAUAACCACUACUUUUAAGGCUGACAACAGGCUGUGUAUCUUGGUCUAAAAUCUGACAUUUUAUAUAUGAAUUGUACAAAAUGUGAUGUGUUAACCAAACCGGGAGAAUGAUUUUGUUUACAGAAAGAGGAUAAGGCCAGAAAAAUGAUGUUGCUCUUUUGUUUUGAUGAUGAAGUUACUGAAGGUGGCUGAUAUGGAUGCUGUCCAUGUAUAUUUGAAACACAUUCCAUUGGAGAAAAGGGAAGCAGGAAAUGCAUUAUUAUUGACCAAAGUGUUUUAUUUACAACUGAUGUAAAUUGUUUUAUAGGUUGUUUAUACUGUUGUCUCUUUUUUUGUUAGAUGAUUAACAACGAUCCCAAUAUGUGAGAAUUUUGGUCACAUUUGUUUUGUUUAUUAUUUUUUUUAUUAUGGUUUUCAUUUGAGCUAUAGAGUGAAAGCUCUUAGUGCAGGUAUUGUCAGUAUUAUAUUGUGCUGCUGCUCCCUGUUUCACUGUGGUAGUGUUAAAGAUCCUUCAGGUGUAGAUUCCAAACUGUUUGCCUCUAUACAUGGAUGUUUAACACUUUGGGAAGGGGGGUGAAAAACACUUUAGUACCUUUUUAAUAAAGGCUUUCAGCUGCAGUUCUGAAAGAAAGCUAGUGACAGAUUUUUAGCACCCCUCUAUUGACAGCUCUAUUGAUUAGCUUGUCUCUAAUAGUUUUGGAGUAGGGUUAAUGGGGCUGCACAAUGUGGAUAAAACUGCCAUUGUGUUGCUGCCUAUUGUGAUUUGCUGUAUGCCUUGCAGGAUCCUAGAACACAUCCGUAAACAUUUUAAUUAACUUAAAAAAAAAUAUAUAUAUAUAUAUAUAUAUAUUAAUUUUGGCAUCUAAACACAAAUCAAUUGGUGAUUGUUUUGAUAUUGAAUACUGCGAAUGACAUUUUUUGAAAUGAAAUCAGUUUUAAAAUAAAAAUUCCAAUACAGUCAAAUAUACAAUGUAAAAUUAAAGAAAUGAAGUGCCAUUUACAUCUGCAGGUUUUGCCGUGUUUGUCCCUUUUGGUUGUGUGAGUGUAAUUGGAAGCUACUGUAUUGAAGCAGUGUUCUAGAGUCUGUGUCACUCAGGUUUGUGAAGGGCCUUGCUGGUGUGAAGGUGAGAAUUGGAAAAGACACGUGUUCUGAAAUGGAUUUGUAAAGGGGCAUUAUUGUUAGUUGGUUCAUUGUUAGCUUUUGUUUCUUAUCAUUACAGUCUGAAAUUGUCUUUUCAUAAAUAACUAACCUGCCGUUGGGCUUCAAGUCUUCAAUUACCUUGAAGUAAUUUUCAGUUUAUGCAUUGUGGUUGGUCAGUUGAUUUCACUACAGGGCAGCAGCAUUAACUUACCUUUGGCUUGUCUUAAACAGCCCUGCAUAUGUUUAAAUGUACAGGGUAAAAUGAUUCACUUUAAAUUGUCCAGAGUGUGAUUAUGGUUAUUCAAAGUCUGUUCAUGUCCAGUAAUCAUUGUGAAUGUUCUAUUUAUUGUUGCUAUGUUUAAGUGAUUUAAUAAAUUAAUGAUGCAUACAGACA